GCCACGUAAUCCUAUUGGUCAAUACGCUUCUGAGAAGGCGUUGUUGAUCAAAUGACUUGAUCUGGUUUCUUCUUAGCUACUUGCUAGUUCGUUAAUCUCUUUUACGUGCAAGAAUUGAAAACUUAAAACUGACAGUUGAACUCUACAGUCUGGCUGUGACCCACUCCUCUUCACUUUUACGAUUCAAGCAGCAACAUGGCAAACAUUGGCAGGCUCUCCACUAAAGAUGCAGUGCUUUUCCUCUGUGACAUGCAAGAGAAGUUCAGACCCAACAUCUUCCAUUUUACUGACAUUGUCAGCAACGCGGCCAGAUUGCUUCAGGCCAGUCGUGUUCUGGGCAUUCCUCCUAUUUUGACAGAGCAGUACCCCAAAGGCUUGGGUCCCACAGUACCAGAGCUGGGAGCAGAAGACCUGACGGCUCACACUAAAACUUCAUUUACCAUGAUUAUAGAAGGUGUGGAGAAGGAGCUGCAGACCCUCGGGAACCCCAGACAGAUUAUAUUGUGUGGAAUAGAGGCACACGCCUGUAUCGCAUGCACAACAUAUGACCUGCUUGAAAAAGGAAUGGAGGUUCAUAUUGUGGCUGAUGCGGUCUCAUCCAGAAGCCAGACGGACCGUUUAUUUGCUCUAUCCCGACUGAAACAGAGUGGAGCUUUCCUUACCACCACAGAGGCUGUUCUGCUGCAGCUGGUUCAAGACGCCAAACACCCCAACUUCAAGGAGAUCCAGAAGCUCUUGGCCCACCCGUCCCCUGACACCGGCCUCCUGGCCUUCUUCAGCAGUCUGUAGGGAGGUCAUCACCUGUCCUUCUGUUUCUGAUCUGUUACUGUACAGGAUUUCACUGCUUUCAACAUCCUGAUAAAGUGCUUCAAUAAAGUGAGCUGCUACUUUAAA